AUGACUGAAUCUAUUGUGGCUGCAGCUGCUAGUAGAAUAGGCAAAAGAGUUUUGCACCUCGAUAGCAAUGAAUAUUAUGGAGGUCUGUGGGCAUCAUUCAAUUUUGAAGGCAUACAGAAAUGGAUCGAAGAUUGUCAUCAUCCCGCAAAUCCACAGGAGGAAAAUGUCAUGUCUGCAGUAGCAAAUGAUGGAGAGAUGCUAAUUAAAGCAGGAAACCAGUUUUCAACAAUAUCUAACAUUGAAGAAAAAUGGUAUAUUGUAGAAGAGCUUGCAGACUACCAAGAGGGGCUGUUAUUUUCCAGGAACACACAGACAGAUGGAGGUGAAAUUAAAGGAGAUGUAGAUAAUACGAAGAAGGAAGAGGAUUAUGAAACAGAAAAACAUGAAGAGGAAGAAAGUGAAGCUGGGUGUGGGAAAGAUAUUGUACCUCAUGCCCCUACACAGCAGUGGAGCCAGGCUAAACUGAAGAAAGAGUACCGCAAAUUUAAUUUGGAUUUAGCACCAAAACUCCUGUUUGCUCGGGGCUCACUAGUUGAGCUGCUUAUCUCCUCCAACAUCGCGCGCUAUGCUGAGUUCCGAAGUGUGACUCGAGUUCUGACCUGGUUGGACGGUCGUCUCGAGUCAGUUCCAUGUUCACGAGCUGACGUUUUUGCUACUCGUCAUGUCACAGUUGUUGAAAAGAGAAUGCUUAUGAAGUUGUUGACUGCUUGCAUGGAAUAUGAAAACAGUUCAAAGGAAUUUGAAGGCUUUGAAGACAAACCAUUUUUAGAGUACUUGAAAUCAAAGAAACUGACACCAAACCUUUUACAUUACGUACUGUACGCUAUUGCAAUGGCCACUGGUACUACCCCUUGUAUGGAGGGUGUAGCCCGUACCCAGAAGUUCCUCAACAGCUUGGGGCGUUAUGGGAACACACCUUUCUUAUGGCCAAUGUAUGGCAGUGGAGAAAUACCCCAGUGUUUUUGCAGGUAG